AUGGAUAUUUUUAAUUUAGUUCUGAAUUUUAGGGAUGUUUUUAAAGUGGAGUCUUUGCCUGCCAUUCUUUCUCUUACCGUCUCUGUUAUUGUGGGCAUUCUUCUUCUCUCUCUGAACCGCUGGAAGCGCCAAUCCUCGCUUAAAAUUCCCCCAGGAAAUUUAGGCUUUCCUGUGAUUGGGGAAUCAAUACAAUUCCUGCGGGCACUUAAAUCAGGCACGCCCCAGCAGUUUUUUGAUGAGAGAGUAAAGAAAUUCGGUGAAAUUUUCAAGACAUCACUAAUCGGGCAUCCAACCAUAGUAAUGUAUGGUCCCGCUGGAAACUGUUUAGUUCUGUCUAACGAGGAUAAGCUGGUGAAGUCGUCAUGGCCCAAGUCUUUCAUGAAACUCCUCGGGCAGGAAUCCAUUUUGAACCAAACGGGAGACAAGCAUCUCAUCUUGCGUGCUGCACUAGCCCGAUUUCUGGGCCCUCGAGCUUUGCAAAGCUAUAUUUCUAAAAUGAGUUCCGAGAUCCAAUGUCAUAUCAACGAAAACUGGAAGGGAAAAUCCCAAGUGAAAAUGCUUCCGUUGGUGAGGGAGCUUAUCUUUUCACUAGCAAGCAGUUUAUUUUUCGGUAUGAACGAUGGUUCCGAAAGAAUGCGAAUUCAUCAACUCAUGGAAAUUACAAUUGCUGGAUCUUUGGCCAUUCCGCUAGACUUUCCAGGAACUCGUUUUCGCAAAGCGCUUGAGGCACACUCCACAGCUGAUCAAAUUCUCUCUUCCUUAAUAGAAAAGAGAAGGAUCGAAUUAAGGUCAGGCAGAGCAUCUAGCGAUUGUGAUUUACUCUCUGUGUUGAUCACCUUCAAAGAUGAGAGAGGGAACCCACUCACUGACAAGGAGAUUCUCGACAAUUUUACUCUACUGUUUCAUGCAUCGUUCGAGAACACAGUUUCGGCACUUACCUUGCUAUUUAAAUUCCUGUCUUCCCAUCCUGAUUGCUACGAACAAGUCGUUCAAGAACAAAUGAGAAUUCUGUCGAAUACAAAAGACGGAGAAGAAAUCAGCUUGAAUGAUAUCAAAGAUAUGAAAUACACAUGGCAAGCUGUUCAGGAAACAUUGCGCAUGAAUCCACCAGUUUUUGGAACAUUCCGGGAGGCCAUCGUUGAUAUUGAUUACAAGGGUUAUACAAUCCCAAAAGGAUGGAAAAUCUUAUGGACAGUCUACAGCACGCAUAUGAAAGAAGAGUAUUUUGCUGAACCAGAAAAAUUCAGGCCUUCAAGAUUCCAAGAGGAAGGUGUGCAUGUGGCUCCUUAUACGUUCUUACCAUUCGCUGCAGGGCUACGAGUUUGUCCAGGCUGGGAAUUUGCAAAGAUGGAAAUCCUACUGUUCGUACAUCAUUUUGUAAGAAAUUUCAGAAACUAUAGUGCCAUUGAGCCAGAUGAAAAAAUAUCAGCAGAUCCGAUCAUUGCUCUACCUGCUAAAGGUUUUCCCAUAAAACUUUUCCCUAGAACCUAA